AUGGAGGACGAUACUUCACCAAGCAGCCAGGAAGCUAGAAAUGAGAUGGCCAGACUAUGGCGCACAUGGCGCACAGUCCAUGAGAUGCUUCGAGAUCGGGGAUAUGAAAUAUCUGAAGAAGAACUGAAAAUCGAUCUUCAAGACUUUACAAAUAAAUUCAGUGACUCAAAUGGGUUCCCUAGUCGCGAGAGAAUGACAAUCGCCGCCAUUCCCUCCGAAGCUAUGAAAGCCAAAUACACCCCUCUCAAGAAACGCCCGACCGACCCCGACCCAGUCCCCGACUGCGGCCAAAUAUUCGUCCAGUUCUGCGAAGACACAACCGGUGUAGGCGCCAAACAAGUGCGCCAAUUCAACCACCUCGUCGACGAAGGAAACUACCACUCCGGCAUAUUCAUCACUCGAACAGCCAUUUCCCCCUCCGCCGUUCGUCUCCUGAACAGCGCUAUAGGCCAUAUCUGCGAACAUUUUCAAGAAUCGGAUCUGUUGGUUAAUAUUACGCACCAUGAACUUGUGCCCAAACAUGUGCUUUUGAGUGCAGAGGAGAAAGCGCGGUUAUUGGAGCGCUAUCGUCUUAAGGAAUCGCAGCUUCCGAGAAUUCAGGUUUCGGAUCCCGUUGCGCGCUAUCUGGGAUUGAGGAGGGGUCAGGUUGUGAAGAUUAUCCGAAAGAGUGAGACAGCUGGUCGGUAUGCAAGUUAUCGCUGGGUUAUUUGA